GCUUAGAAACUAACUUACUGAUGCUAACACCAGGUGGCGUUAGUAACUAACAACAAAAAUAUUUGAAAAUGGCUUCGUUUGAAUUUUCAGAAGAAGAAAUAAGAAACGAACUUGCGCGAUUUGGGAUUAAGGAUAUCGACCAGAGUACUUUGCGUGAAUUUCGAGAAGAUAUUCUAAAUUUGAUGAAAGAAAGUAGUUACAAUUCACUUCAGAAUGUUGAUAAAUCCACUACAAUUUCCCCUUCUUCCAGUAACUCACCGGUCACUUGCCCAAACUUGUCUUCGUCGUCCCCUCCUGCACCCUUUUCUAUAACUUCUCCAACGUUCACAUCACCAGCUGCCGAGAACGUUGAAGAUGCUAAGUCAUAUCUAACUCACACAGGUAAUUAUCGUUCUGUUAAUUCCAUGGAGCCGUCGUCUGUUACCGUUUCUCACAAUCGGCCCCAGAAUACAGUUGAAAGUUACGAACACGUUGCUUAUAGAAGCUGUCAAUUGUUCAACAGUGUCAAUAAGGUGGAUGGUCACUCGGGUAUGACACUCAACCAUCAAUACACAUACACUCAACAGCCACUGACUAAUGAAUCGGAAACGGAACAUGAAAAGCAGGAGAAUCUCCUUCGAACUUUCACCAGAACAAACGUUCCGCAGCCAAACCAGGUAAAUAGUUUUGAUCAUCCCAAGAACAAAGAAAACGCUUGGUCUCGUCAAGUUGUGCCUUCGUCAUCUUCCUCCUCCCUCUCAUCACAAGUAUCGGUCUCCAAACCAUCACAAAUCGCCUCCACCGACACCGAAAAACCUCCACUGCUAAACACUUUUGUUACCAAGAGGAAGGUGUCUCGCAAAGGCCCCGAUGGUAAACGUUACAUCGAUGAAAGUGAAUCUGUGUGUAGUAUCAGUAGCACUAGUAGUAGUGUCUGUGGCAGUUGCUGUAGCAGUAUCGCUGACCCCGCUGAGUACCAGAAUCGUCUGAGUGAGAUAACAAAUAGAGACGGCUAUUUCUAUCCGAGAUCUCCAAGUUCCUGCGAUAGCCGGCCCAAGUCCACGAUUAUAGUUACUCCGACACCGCCGAGAUUGAAGAAAAACAGGAAGACAGACCCCGUGAGUAGGUUCCAUGAAUUUCAGAACUACUGGGACCUGCACAAGCCUCCCGGUGAAAAUAAUCACAACGCCCUUCGGUGGAGCAUUAAAGAGAAAAUUGCCAAACACGACGUCAUAGGAAGCCGUCCACGGAAAACUUUCGUGCCCAAUAAUUAUGUGAUACCUUCACAAAACCCGAGACAUUCUCUUCGAUGGCAGAUACGGACUGAUCUUGCCUAUGGUGUCAUGCCAACCGUCGCCAGUUACGACUACUGAGUACAUUCUCUGUUAUAUAACUGUGAAUUACCCACUCACAUUAUAUUUAUAUAUACAUAUAUACAUAUGUAUGUGGUAACAGAAAAAUGAGAAAAAUAUAAGCUUGCUGUUUCCAUCUGGAGAACAUUUUUUAGUAACACUUGGAUAACAGUUAUAAAAGACAUCUAAUGACCUGAACACUUUCUUGAGAAUGGAUUAACUACUCUGCUCUUUCCUUAUUUAAACUUUUGAUUGACUUGGUUUAAUAAAUUUUUGUUGACUGUUGGACUUGUUUA